AUGAUGGAGCAGGAGCUCGAGCUCUGGAUUAGCUCUCAACGGAUGGAUGAACUGAUGAAAAGCGCCGAGGCGCAACGCGCUGCCGACGAGGCGGCGCUGGAGGAGGCGCGGAGGGAGGAGGAGGCGAGGCUGCUCGAGGCGGCGCAGCGGCAGCGGGCGGCGGAGGAACAGGCGCGCGCCCUCGCCGAGAAGGCGGCGAGGGCGCAGGAGGAAGACGCGUCCCACCGCGCUCUCGCCGCCAUGGAGGCGUCCCGCGAGGAGGCGCGCCGGCUGACGGCGGAGCGGGAGAAGGCGGAGGAGGAGCUGCGCUGCGACGGCGUGGCGCGGCUGGAGCGGCUGCAGGCGAGGGGCCGGUCCAUCAGAGCUCUGGGCCGGCUGCAGGCGGAGCAUCGGGCGGAGGUCGAGCUGCUGCGUGCCGCCCUCACGACCGAGGCGGAGCAGCGGGCAGAGGCGCUCGAGCAGCGGCGGCGGGCGGAGGUGGCGGAGGCGGAGCGUCUUGCGCAGGAAUGGAGGGCGCGGUGCGAGGGGCUGGAGGCGGAGGCGGCGGAGAAGGAGGAGAAGCUCGAGGCGGCGCUGCUGCUCGAGAUGGGGCAGCGGGAGGAGCUGGAGCGGCAGAACCAGGCGAGAUCACCCGAGAUGAGCUGA